AUGAGAUUCGCUAACCUUGUUGCUCUCACAAACCGCGGAAUAUGUCUUGCACUCUUCCUGCGGUCUACGUGCGCCUCCAAUAUUCCACGCGCCCAGCCAGGGGAAGAUUCCGUUCUUGUGAUCGACACGUUCACAAAUGGAGGGCGCAACGACCUGGAUGCCUGGCAUGGAGGUGGUGAAGACAUGCCCGUGGAGUGGGGCUACGGCUUCGUGGAAUUUUCUCCCACCAAUGCCGACCAGAACUUCCACACCCAGCUCACGAGCACCUGUUACGACCUCAAUCCGUAUAAGGACAUGUAUCUACACAUUGUCUGCCAGGGGGGAAGCCAUUUCACCGUCUCCUUGAGCCAAAAUAAUCCCCAAUGCGAUGCCUUCAAAAACCCCUACCCAGAAACAUGGGAUGAUGUAGAGGCCCAUAGAUAUAUGAAAGAUAAUGAUGUCUAUAUCCCUAUCUCGCAUUUCAAUAUCGAUUAUACCCGUGCUUUGUCUGUCUCGUUUAAAGGGUUCUAUCUUGACGAAAAAUUGAAAGUAUCGAAAGUGGAAAUCACUGCGACAAGACCCGAAAAUUUCCCUGCUCCCAAAAAGCUACCGACCGGGUCUCUAUGGAAACGGUGCAAACGCCCGAAUUCGUUCGCGUUUGGUAUUGACGAUGGCUCCCUGGAGUUGGGGCGACAGAUGAUGGACAUUCUGACCGCUGAGGGAAUCAAUGCGACGUUCUUCACAGUGGGGAAUGGACUGGCGGCUCCGAACUCUGGGUGGACUAAUCUAUAUAAGGACAUGUUGGCACAUGGGCAUCAAGUUGCGCUUCAUUCAUGGUCGCAUCCUCCGUAUGUUACUUCCUCGGGAGAAAUCGAUGAGGACAUUAUUAAGAACAUCCAGAUAGUAAGAGAGCAGCUGGGAUUCGAAAGUCGAUACUUCCGUCCGCCAUAUGGCAUCCUUGGAGCACGCACUCGCCAGCGACUCGCUAGGCUCAUUAAAGACCCUCAGAUUAUCAACUGGAGUGUCGAUAUCGAAGACUGGUUGUGGGUUGGUUCACCCACCCCUGAAAAGCAAGUUGAGGCAUUCCAGCGUGACGUGGAUAAGGGGGGUGACCUGGUGGUGAUGCACUUCCUCAGCAAGGAUACAGUGAUGUACACAAAGGAUUUUAUCCAGAUUGCCAGGAAUACUGGAAAGAGGAUUAUGAGAGUCGAUCAGUGUAUGGAAGAUCCAGCGGCGCCACCCCUUGAUUAG